CCCACCACGGGUUCCGAACCGAAACAGGAAGUGGGCUACGAACCCCAGAAGCGGUGCACAACCGCCGCCUUCCGCGCGCCCUAGAGACCUGUGACCCGCGACCCGUGACCGGCGGCCACCUCUGCCCUGUUCCAAGUGUCAGCGACCCCCUUCCCUCGCUCCCGGGCCGCGAGCUCUUGAGACCAUGUCGAACUUGGAGAAACACCUAUUUAACUUGAAGUUUGCUGCAAAAGAACUUAAUAGGAAUGCCAAGAAAUGUGAUAAAGAAGAAAAAGCUGAAAAGGCCAAGAUUAAAAAGGCCAUUCAGAAAGGCAACACAGAAGUUGCAAGAAUACAUGCUGAAAAUGCAAUCCGUCAGAAAAACCAAGCAAUCAAUUUCUUGAGAAUGAGUGCUAGGGUCGAUGCUGUGGCAGCCAGAGUUCAAACUGCAGUAACAAUGGGCAAGGUGACAAAAUCCAUGGCAGGUGUAGUUAAAUCAAUGGAUGCUACAUUGAGAAGUAUGAAUCUUGAAAAGAUUUCAGCCUUAAUGGACAAAUUUGAACAUCAGUUUGAAACAUUGGAUGUUCAAACACAACAAAUGGAAGAUACAAUGAGUAGUACUACAACCCUAACAACACCACAGAACCAAGUGGAUAUGCUGCUUCAGGAAAUGGCAGAUGAAGCUGGCCUUGAUCUCAAUAUGGAGCUUCCACAGGGUCAGACAGGGUCUGUUGGUGCAAGUGUUGCUUCUACAGAGCAGGAUGAACUGUCACAGAGGCUUGCUCGUCUUCGUGAUCAAGUGUAACUUAAACAAUUGGUGCUUCUGUUUCCUCAACAUGUGUCUGAAACCUCCUUUGUAUCUACAUAUAUAAAGUUUCACUCUACCUAGAGAAGCACCAUACAUGCCGGAAUGUUUGAAUAUUAUUUAUAUAUAAUGUUUUCUUUUGCCUUGUGUAUUUUACAUUGCAUUAAGAAAUUCCAGGGAAUUUCUACAUUGGCAGACUUUAUAGUUCUAAAUAUUACGUGCAAAGGUGUAUGGGGUAUAUUUUUACAGAUGUCAUUGACAAAGCUAGCAUUAGUUUUCUGUAUAUUAUUCAUCUUCCUCAAAUAUUAGAGCAAACAUCUAGCACCAAAGUAUUACUAUAAUUUUAUUAUAAUUUUUUUAAUUGAAAGAAUAUUUAGUCAUUGCCUGUGAUAAAAUGUGAUUUUUGUAAAAAUAAAAGCAGGAAAAGCAUGUUUAAUGUUUAUAUAGCCCAAACCAUGGCAUUUUAAAUAUCACAAAAUAGACUUUUGUUUCCAAUGGGGUCUUUAAAAAUUAUUUUUAUUUUUUAUGCAUGGUUCUUUUGCCUGCAUGUAUAACUGUGUAAUACUUGUGUGCCUGAUGUCCACAGAGGCCAGAAGAGGACAUUGAAUCCCUUGGAACUGGAGUUACAAACAGCUGUGAGCCAACCUGUUGAUGCUGGAAUAUGAACCCAGCUCUUCUAGAAGAGCAGCCAGUGCUCUAAUUCUAAUCUCUUAGGCCAUAUACCCAGCCCAUUUUGCUUAGUUUUGUUGUAGGUUGAUUAUUAUUAUUAUUUUAGAGACAGCACAGGGAUAUGUAGCCCAGAGUAGUCUCAAGCUCACUGAUCCUUCAGCCUCGGUGUCUUGGUGCAUGCCACCACACCCAGCUCAUUUUCUAUGAUUUUUGGGUUCUUUUUCAUUAUGUGCACUACUUAUUUUUCUAUUGCCGUGAUAAAACACCAUCUCCAAAGUGGCUUAUGGAAGGAGGAGUUCCUGUGGCUCAUGGUUCCCUGAGGCUCAUCACGGUGGAGAGGCAUGGCAGCAAGAACAAGAAGCUGAGCUGUCACAUCUUCAGUGGCAAACACAGAGCAGAGGGAACAGACUGGGACCGGGACAGGCUAUAAGCUCUCAAAGCCUACCCCAGCGGCAGUCUUGUUCAGCAAACCUUCACAUCCCCAACUUCCCCAAACACCAUCAACUGGGAAACAAGGAUUCAGAUGCAUGAGCUUCUGGACAACAUUUCUCAUUCAUGCCACCACCCCCUUCUCCCUGUCUCCCUUAGGCUUGUGGCCAUAUCAUAAUGCAAAAUGUGCUCAGUUCAACUUUAAGGGUGACCAUAGUCUUCCUCAGUCUGAACACUGCUUCAGAAAGUCAACAUCUCUGAGACUUGGGGCAAUCUCUUAACUGUAGCCACCUAUAAAACCUAAAAGCAAAUAACAUACUUCCAACACACAAUGGCGCAAAAUAAUCAUUGUCAUUUUAAAGGGAGGAAUGGGGGCAUAGUGAGGCAAUACCGGACUGCAGCAAGACUGAAACCUCCUGGGACGAACAAGAGAAACCUGCAGCUCCAUGUCUGAUGUCUGGGACUUUCCCUUCAAAGGGCUUAAAUGACUUAACCUUUCCAGCUUUGCUGUCUGCAACAGCCCACCCUCUGGUACCAAUUUCUAUGUUAGUCACUUUUCUGUUGCUGUGAUUAAGCACCAUGGCAGGAAGCAGCGUAGAGAUGAAAGAGUUUAUUUUGGCUUACAGUUCCAGAGGGACAAGAAGAGUCCAUCAAGGCAGCGGAGGCUUGGAAGCAAGAGCAUGAAGCUGAGAGCUCACACAUUCCAUGGCAAACAUGAAGCAGAUGGAGCAGCCUGGGAGUGGGGCAAGGCUGUGCACUCUCAGUGCCUGUCCCUCGUGAUCCAAUGCUUCCUGCAAAGUUGCACAGUAAUCUGCACCGUAACCUUCCCAAACAGCACAACCAACUUGUGAUCACAGGCUCAAAUGCCCUUGUGUGGGACCUUUCUCAUUCUAACCACCACAUUAUGUAAGGAGAAACACAGUAAAUACUUUGUUUUCUUCAGCUGUUAAUUUUAAAUUAGUUCAAUUUUAUUCAGUAAUUUAAUGAUGACUAUAGGUUAAACUUUUAAGACCUUUUUGUUGGCAAUAUUACAUAACUAGUAAAAUUAUGCAAAAUUAAUCAAAAUAAAUUAAGGCUUGUUCCUUUUUAAAUUUUCUGUUUGCAACAUAUUAUAGUUAUGAUUCCCAGAAAGUGCUUUUUCCUGGCACCUCCUAGGCCCUUGGCCAUGUGUGAAUGAAGCUGAAUAUCUCCUUCCUAGCCUCCAGCUGUUAGAAAUUCAUGGAAGUAGACAGUGAACACAAACAUUGUACUGUCUAUGAGAAAUGCAUGUUCAAAGAUGUAGCUGCUGAUGCUCUGGCUGAAGAGUGGACAGGUUAUGUGUCCUGAAGCUGUGAUGAGAAUGGCAAACAACGUUUUCCUAGAAAGCAAGACAUCUUGACCCGUGCCACAGUGCUCCUGCUCUUGAGUAAAGGUCAUUCUUGUUGUAGGCCAGGGAGAACUAGAGAAAGAAAGCACGAAUCUAUUCAUGGAUACAUUGUAGGUUGCUGUACGAUACUUUGAUCACAUUCUGACACUUCCAAGACUGAAAAUAAAACUUACCUUAAAUCAAAGGGUGGAGCUAACUGUUACCUGACCAGGAUUAGCCAUGGAGGUUUCCAAGGACUUGGGACAUAUAGAGAGACACAGGAAGUAGGAGAGAGGGGCUUAGAAAGAUUUGUGGGUCCUUUUGGAUCGAGGAAAGAAAGAGGAGGUCACUAGUCACUUCUCUAUUGUUUCUUUGAUCAAUCAUGUUUUUACUCCAAUAUAUGACUCCUAAGUUUUAAUUGGUAAAAGAAUAACUUAGAUAAAUGCUUCAUCUGGCACCCAUUCAAAUGAAAUUCUUUAACAUACUCAGUGGCUCAUUUAUUUAUACCCAACUGUAUUUUAAAGGAGGUUAGUUUCCAUGAUAUUAAGGUCACAGUUUUCCAUGUGAUUAUUGAUUCAUUUCCCAGAGCCAUUCUUUUAAGAUGAUAACCUUUAAGAACAACAAAAUGAGUAGAAGUAGAUCUGGUAAAAUGAUUUGUCCGGUCAGUGACACAAACAUCUUCCAUCCUAGUGGAAGUUGGAAGAAUAAGAUGGGAGUUAAGGGCCACCAAAGGCAGCUUUGUACAUAGUACAAAGAGAACACCUUGGAACACAUGCUGUACUACUUGUAAUAUCCUCGGGAAUACUUAUAUUUUUCCAAGCUAAAAUAAAUACUUUAGCACUUGCCUGCAUUUUUGACAUUGCAGUAUCAAUUGUGGGAAAGUAACAAAACUAUAUUUUAGCAAGUGUAGUACUAAUCUCGGCAAAGCAUAUGUUUUCCUUUAUUCACUGAAAGACCAGUCCAUGAAAAAAAUUGUAAUACGUUUUGAAAUCCAGUGAAAGAAUAAGACCCUGUGUUUCAUUCCCAACACCAUAAAAUGUUUCCCUUAUAAAAAUCAUAAGAGUAUUCAAAAUGAUAACAGAGAUACUUUUUCACUAUAUACUCAACUAUUCACAUAUUCUAUAUCUUAUGCACAAGAGUAUAUGUAAGUGAAAAUUGUACUUACUGGUUACUAGCUGAAGAACUUCUCUUGAUAAGUUUUAUUAAGCUUUUUAACUUCCAUAGUGUUUGAUUAUAUGAUUGUAAUCAUAAUAUAUAUUUUUAUUUGUAAUUGCUUUGUCCUUAAAGUUUGUAUUGGAGCACACUAGAUAACCAUAGAAGAGAUUUUGAUGGACUAAAAUAUUUAUGACAUAAAGAACUUGUUUUCCUUUGGUGUGAA